GCCACGGGGUACACGGACCGCAAUGACAGCUGGUAGAUUGGCUGUAAUAUUGUAUACGUUUUUUGUAUGUUUUUUUUUUGCUAUGUUAUUCACUGUUACAGUUGUUAACUAUGCUUUAGCCAGGCUGCAAGUAUUCACUAUUGGUGACGUUGUUGAUGCGACUACAUUUACGAAGCUUAUUCUAAACCAGCAAGAAAAGGUAUGCAGUGAACCCUGCAUUGAAUCUGAAAAUGGUGUAAACUGAGAGCUUCUUCUACGUGCUGGUCUCUGCACAUGUGUCACAGGAUACAGUGGAAGGUACACAGCUUCUCAAGACCAUGGAAGGCUCUUCCCGUUUAUACAUCUCACAGUUGUGGAUUAUGAUUAUGUAGAGGAAGAGGAAAUGGGGGACAAGGAGCCUUUGGAAAAGUGCUGCAAUCUUUAUUUGAUGUCCAUGGAAACUGAUGUGCAGUCAGAUUUAAAAAUGAGCCAAAAUUGCCAAAACCCUGAGGCCAUAGGCUGUGGCCUGAAGCAGGAAUUAGCAAUGGUCUCCCAUUUAAUAACCCCUGAGCUCCCAGAGGAUCCUGACCAGGACCUUGAUGUAGAGAUCCAUGAAUCAUUUCCCUGCCAAUUUUGUGAGAGACAUUUUACCAGCAAGCAAGGGUUGGAGCGUCACAUCCACAUCCACACCUUAGCUAAACACCACACACAUAUAUUCAAGUGUAAGUACUGCAACAAGUCCUUUGGCUCAAAAAUUGGCAGGCGACGGCAUGAGAGGAGACAUGAAAAUGCAAAGACAAGGCCUGGAUCUAUAAUAAAAGCUCCUGGGCCUGUAAGUUCUGCCCUUCAGAGCAACAGUACACAAUGUGCUUUGUAUCCCAGUAGCUCCAAUGCCUCUGUUUUACCAGAAGGAGAUCAAGCAUUCAUGUCAGAUGAACACGGAGCAUUAGAAGGUAGUCAUGCUUGCAAGUAUUGCAAAAAGGUUUUUUCCACUCAUACAAACAUGCAACGACAUCAGCGCCGGAUCCAUGAGCGCUUCCUCCGAUUCAAAGGUAAGGAAGCGCCAUUGUUGCAGGACGCAAAACGUUCUAAGCUCCCCUGUAAUACGUCUCAACAGGAUAACAACACAAGCCUAGUUACAGUUCUAGCAACUGAAGGGGACCAAGAGGAGCAGUAUAUGCUGGAUAUCUCUGGAAACAUCUCAGAGAACCUCAGCUUUUAUAUAGAUGGGAAGAUUGUGUCAACGAGCACCGUCAGCGGCUGUGAGGUAGUUGAAGUGAACUCUGGGUGUACUACUUUAGUUGGACUGGAUGCUGUAAUUAUUAAUCCUGCCCAAAUUAGUCAGACUCUUAAAGUAGAGACGGCUACCUGCACAGGAAAAGAGUUACCUGGUCAACCCUUGCCAAAAAGGCGAACUGCCACACCACCUCUUUUACCUCAAAUCAAAACUGAACUAGAAACAGAAUCUGUUUUGUCCUCUUCUCAAUCAUCAAUUGUGUCAUCUUUGAUAGGAAGUUUGCUUCCUCAGAACACUGAAUCUAAUGUCAUUCAGAGAGAGAGAACAGUUUAUCUGUCACCUAAGCUGAAACAGCUCUUACAAAAACAAGAUGGCCUCAAACCCACUCUUGCCUUGAUCACAGAAGGCCAGAAGCUGUGCUCUCCACUUUCACUGACUGUACUCCCAGCUGGAGCAGGGAGAUUUAAAAGAAGGACAGGAUCUCCCCCGAAUUCGCCACAGCCAAGCCCUACAUUGAAUGCUGAAAAUACAAACACGGAUUUGGGACUCUGUAUUUCUCUCAGUUCCCCAACAUUGGAUACUGAGUGCAUUUCAUCUGAAUGCAGAUUAACCAGCAAAGAUGAAAGUGAAAUCUCCACCAGUCCACCAGUAGAAAAUACAAUGACUCAUGUCUUGCCAGAGGGAUGGUCCCCAAUGAGUGGUGGUAGCUCCUGCAACCAGCAGCCUUUGGACCUCUCAAAUGCUUUCAAGAAAUGUGAAGUUGAAGCCCUAGGGGAAGCUGUUUUGGACUUGAGUGUACCCAGAAAAAGUACAGUGGAUUCAGAAGCAAAAGGAAUUUUAGUCCCACAGCCCCUUAUUAAAAAGAAGAAACCAAAUACCAGCAUGUUGGAGAAGGUGUUGAUGAAUGAGUAUGCAAACCUAGAGGUUGCUGCAGAGCAAGGAGAUAGUAUAUUAGAAAAUUCUGAUACACCGUUAGUUACAGACUUGGCCAUAGCUUCUGUUUCAGAAAAGUUACCCACUACUCAAGAAGUUGUCUUUGGAUUAACUUUGCCCUCUGCAGCACUUAGUCCAUCCCCUUCCUGUCCAGCUUCAAUUACCAUGCAGUCAACCUCACCAUGUACAAUAGCGCUUGCUUCCCCAACUACACAUCCAGUUCUGGUGACUGCUCCGUCGCUAAUUACGGUGUUAGCGCCACCAACAUCUUCCUCUUGCAAUUCCAUAAAUCAAUCUAUUCAAGUAUUUUCUCCUACAAUAUCUCCUAACCCUUUUGUAAUUUGCACUGAAAAUUCAUUGAAUUCAGCAGAGUGUGAGUUGAGCACUACUUUGCCUGACUGGAAUACCACUAAUUCUUCAAGCCUCCUUGCUAUCUCUAAACCCCUUGACCCAAAUCUCAAUCUACAAGGACAUGUUUUUCUUACAGAUCACACUGUUAGUCAAAUAGCUCUGAACACAACCACAAUUGGUUCCCCCAUUGGAUUUGAAGUGCCAACAUACUCUCCAGCAUUAACCCUAACUGAUUCCCUGAUCAAUUCCUUUAAUGUUACUAAGACAGUUUUAAUUGAAUGCACAGUUGCUCUUGAGUCCCCGGAGAAAUUGCUCCCCUCUGCAAUUACUGUCCAAGAGAAUACUGUUGAACCUACAGCACCUGCACAAAUUAUUAUAAAUAAUUUAGAGCAGAAUCAGCGUCUGUCUUUGCCUAAUGAUGAAUCUGUUGACUCUAACACUUUAGCAUCUUCCAUAGAACAGUCCACUACCCUGCCAACCAUGUCAGUCACAUCUGAGAUUUCAAAUCUUCAAGAAACCAUUUCCUCUGAUAAAGCCAUUAUUAAAGAAGAAUCGAACAUAAAAGUAGUAUCCGCAGAUAUAUCCAUCUGCCCCUCUGAAAUGGCUUGUAUGUCCCAGGGCCCAAGUCAACUGAAUGAAUCCUCAGAUGAAACACUCUCCAAGCUACUAGAGACAUUUACUAAGGACUUCAUGUGCAAUGUAUGUGAUAAGCUUUUUCAUUCAAUGAAAGAACUUGGUAAUCAUGUAAGUGAGCAUUCUGACAAAUGGCCAUACAAAUGUGAGUUCUGUGUGCUGCUCUUUGGGAAGCCCUCUGCCUUGCUGGAGCACAGGUCAACCCUACAUGGUGUUGGCACAAUCUAUAUUUGCUGUGCAUGCACAAAGGAAUUUGCAUAUCUUUGCAACCUGAAACAUCAUCAGAAGGAGUUGCACCCUGGCCAGGAAUGCACUUACACAGAGGAGGAAAAUGGCAAGCUAAGAUCACAGAAUUACAACAAUUCAAAAAAAGGUGAUACAGAGACUUUAUACUGUUGUGCCAGUAAAGCUGAGGGUGAAUCUGAUGAUGCUACGGAAGAACUUUUUACCACAAUAAAGAUAAUGGCUUCUGAGGUAGGCCGAACCAAAGGCCUGGAUGUUCGCCUUGGCAUCAACCAGCACUAUCCCAGUUUUAAGCCGCCUCCGUUUCCCUAUCACAACAGGACACCUGCUGCUUCUGUAGCCUCAGCUACCAAUUUCACCACUCACAACAUCCCUCAAACCUUCAGCACAGCUAUCAGAUGCACUAAAUGUGGCAAAGGCUUUGUUAACAUGCCAGAGCUGCACAAACACAUUCUUUCUUGUGCAAAUGCUAGUGACAAAAGACGCUACACGCCCAAAAAGAAUCCCAUCCCACUUCGUACCUUUGCAAAAGCUCAGAAUGGUGUACUGUCUUCUACUAAUUCCACAAAUGGACAAAAUGCUCUCCAAACGGUGAGUCAAAUUAAUCGUCCCAAACUCAAUCAACAGCCACCUGCCAAGUUAAAGCUCAAUGCCCUCAACAAAAGGAAGAAACGGCUGGUACAAAGGGCCAUUUCACAGAGGAGUAAGUCUUCAUCUUUGACAAAAAAAGUAUCUUUAGUGGUUGAGGAACAAGAAAUCUAUGUUUGUCCACAUUGCAGAAGAGAAUUUACAUACCGCCGUAGCCGAACAAAACACAUGGCUGUCUGCCCCAAGAAACCUACUACCCAAGAAGCUAAGAAAAGAAAAGAUGGUUGUAUCUCUUACACCAAGGAAAAUAAUGGGCACCUUCGUAGAGGAAUUCCUCAUUUGAAAGUAAAACUGCAAGGAUCUGACAAUGAACAAAAAAGCAGAGCCCAUAGUUCUCGUCCAGCUAAGAUGACAGCCCUCUUACCAGCUCCAAAAGUCCUGUCAAACAAAAAAAGUAAAACCAUUAUUGCAAAGGCAAAUGUCCAACCACAGCAAGAGGCCCCCAAAAUUACCGCUCUGUCUCUCAAUCACCCAUUCAACUCGCCAAAACGGCAAGGCAGUAGGAUGCAGUAUGGUGUACAAGAAAUCCCUUUUAACAUUAAAGUAGUAAAGUCUCGCCCACAGCAACCCAACGCUAAGGAACAUGUGCAGCCCUCUAGUGAUAGUCGUGGACGGGUAGGAGGGCCGGUGACACGCAGCCUUCAGCAGGUUGUUAUCAAAGCUUCAGGAAAGGAACAACAGGUGGCCAGCCAGGAGCCACCAAGGAAGCUUCAGGAUCCUUCAAUUUAAGAUUCAGCCAAUGGACUGUGGGAAAGUUGAAAAUCAUUACAAAGUUGUGGAUGUGUAAUGAAAGUUCCUGCACUAAAAUGGAAGUAAAAAGAAUGUAACAAGAUCUGGGGAAUGCAGCAGUGGGUAGGUACAAUCGGACAUUUAAUAGAGGCGUUUAUUGUUUUGUUGUGCAUUUCUUGUUUUUUACAUAGACUGCUUGUAAAAGUCCACUUUAUUAGAUUAACUUUACAUAUAAUGGACAAUGUGUAUCACAGAAUACAUAAUCUAACAGCUAUCUGUAGAAGAAACAAAUAACCCUAAUGGGUAACUGCAAGUGGCAAUUGUAGGGUCAUGCAGUUAUUUCCUUUUUUUCUAUUAACUAUGUGUACUGUACGAUUUGAAACCUAAAUGCAUUUAUAGUUUAUUGUAGUACUUGAUUGCCAUUUUCUCAAUCUGUCAAAUGUUAAACCAUGGCUUUCAUAAUUUUCAACAAAUAUACUUCGCAAUGUCUUUAAAUUAGUUUCCAAAUGGCUACAAAACAAGACUGAGCAUUUCAAAGAUUUAUGGAAAUGAUUUUUAAGAAAUAUUACAUUUAUUACAAAAGUGAUGUUUUAAAAAAUCUAAUUUAAAAGUGUGCAUGUGGGCUUAAUAUAAAAAAAAUGUGACACACCUUGUCUACAGCAUAUUGCGCUUGUAUUUUAACGAAAAUGUAAUGGCACAAUUUAUACGUUUUCUCCUAUACUUUGUUGUAUAACAUGUUUUCUUGCUGUGCCAUGAAAGUGUAGAAUUCAGAAAUUGUGGACAAAGAGUUAUCCCUUCACUUUGUUCACCUACUUAUUUCCCUGAUUUAAAUCAUUCAAAACCUUCUAUUCAGUCUUGGGCUAGUUAAAAAAUAUCCUAGAAUUUGUUCUCAGGAAAUGUGUCAGAUGCAUUUGUUGCUUAAUUUCAAUACUGCGAUGAUGUUCUGUAACUGCAGUUCCAGUGAAAGGGUUCUGGAAGUAAUAAGAAAAGGACAAGGAAAAUCAUGAUAUUGAGAUUUCUUUUAAAUGGGCAUUGCAGUUAAAACUUACUUUUCUUUUUUUAUGUCCUUUUUAAGUUUGACCUGUUAGGAAAAAGAAAAAUCUUAGUAUAUCAGUAAGUUCAGAUUGGAUGGAACUAUUGGCCCAUAGGUCACAUUGUAAUCUGAUUAUAAUAGACCAAUAAUCAUUAAUGUGGUUAAACUGUUCUGUCAGCCAAUCAAGGCUAUUUAUGUAAAUAUGUAAACAUUUUCAAAUAUGUAUCUUAAUGUCCACUUGCUCAGAUUGAGCAUUUGAAGCAGAAAAGGGAAUACAUGAUUAUAAAAAUUAGUCAUUUUCAUUAAAUUAACAUACAGUAGAUGUAAAAAGUCUAAGAGACAGAUAAAUCAUGUCAGAACCUUUUCC